CCCAGGCCAGCAAAUUUCUCCUGACCCCUGCUUCACUCACGGUAUGGACAGAGUUUUAGCAGGGCUGCACAGGCGCAAGUUGCAAAGAAAAUGCCGGCACCAAACUUCUGUGUUCUUUUCUGGAUAUCUGGCUGUGUUCUCUUCCAAGAUGUGAACACAGCUCAGCCCUCAGCUACACAGCCACCAGCAGAUCUCACUUCUAAAUCACCACACAGCCCUACAGGCAAGACUACCACAGCAGGUCCAAAGGCCACAGGAAGCGGGAACAUCACAAGCUCACCCACUUCAGGUGCUGACCAGGAGCUUAUAAUUUACAAACCAAAAAUCAUUGCAACUGAAGUCCUUCAUGUCCAUGGUCCAGUCAUUUCAGAGGCCCAUAAGGAAGCGAUCUCUGCAGAGAAUACAAUGAUAUCUCCCUCAGCCAUCACUCCUACUGAGAAGUCAGGACUGGAGAUAGUAGCUUUUGGUGUCAUCGGCUUCAUAGGCAUUCUGGUAGUUGUUGUGUUCAUCCUGGUUGGUGUGGUCUACCUGAGAUUCAGAUGUAACCAUUCCAAAGAUGCAGAAGAUAAACAGAAACCAGAGGACCCUGUGGUAUCUGAAAGUUGCUCAGCUGCUACAAACCGGAAGAACAGCAGCGUCACUCUGAUUUCCAUGAAGAACAUAAACAUGAACAACAGUCUGAGCUACCCCACUUCAGAAAAGGUAUUAUGAAGACAGUGACAACAUGAUUGGAAUGAUAAGCAGACAUUAGAUAAUCAGCAAUUACUUUCUGUUUUGGGGAAGUUUGUCUUUAAUAAGUUAUUACAUCAUUUUUGAUUAAUACAUUUACUCUAAAACUAAGCACAGCCACCCCUUCUGGGAUGGAAGCCUUUUCUCUAGCUGGAGCUAGUUUUUCUUUGUGUUUGAUAUACCAGCUCUAUUUUUUGACAUGGACAAACUUUUCCAGAGUAUUCCAGCAGCUCCCAAACCAAGAUCCUGUAGUUCAGCUGAUGACACGAGCUGCUUCCUUAGAUUAAUGGCCCUUUAGAGUAUGUGCCAGACUUUAUCAGCUUGCCAGAGACCUGACCUUUAAGGCCCCAAGUCAGCUUAACAUUUGCAAUGAAAGGCACCAUCCAAAAGUCCAAUGCUCCCAUUGACUUCAGUAGAUACAAUCAGUGGGACUUCAAGAAAUGCGUAUGUGAUUUGCUGAACCCAGACACAUCUCUGGAAAGACUUUUACUUUCUCGCUGCCACUAUUUUCCCAUUUGAAGUGGAAAUGAUAAUGUUCACCUAUCUAACAGGAAUAUUGUGAGUCUAUGUUAAUUAAUACCUGGAGAUCCAUGAAAGAAAAGUGCUGGAGAAGUGCCAAGUAUUGUUUCUAUUAUUGUUACUAUGUAGCAGGUCUGGUGCUAGGGUGGCCAAGUCACCCCUUGCGAUGGCCUGGGUCCAACCUUUCUUGCCCCCUCUGGCCUCUGACAGUCCCACCCUGUUGUCUCAUCUGCCACACCUUGAUGUUAUGGUUCAAAAAGGAGGCUGCCCCUAAAGGGCAGAGGGGUUUUGAUUCUGGUCUUAGGCCAUUGUCUGGACUGAGGCCCCCUGGCCUUGGCCCACUUUACUCUAGCUGUGUCUCUCUGGCAAAAGUCCACUGUACCGGGACCCUAGGUCCUUGGCCCCAGGUCUCACCCUCUGCUGGACUCGGAGCCCUUCAGCUCCUGGUCUCAUCAGGCACAGCUGUGGACUCAGACUGGCAGGGUAGGCAGAGCAGCAAACAGGAGCGGGGGAAGGGGGGGACAUUUGCAGCCGUCCAGGAGCGGGGGGGUUUGCACCCUCCCUGCUCCUGGCCAGAAUGCCCAGCCAGCUGCAAACCACGCCCCCUUCCCCCCCCCCCCUGCUUCUGGCUGGCUGCAAAACUGCGCCCCCCUCCCGUGAGCCACUCCACCUGCGCCACCAGUCUGAGUUCACCAGUCGCCUGGGUCUCACCCUCAUGGGCUCUGCCCCCUCACUCCCUGGUUUCAUCCUUACAGGCACUGGGUCCUCUUGGCCCCUGGUGUCUGGGCUGCCUCAGUCCCUGAUUUUGCACUUGCGGUUUCUGGAUCCCUUCAGUCCCUGGUGUCUAGGCUGCUAGACCCCUGGUCUCACCCUCACAAGCUCUGGGCCAGGUGGCCUCCAGUGUUGCCCUUGAAGGCUCUGGGCCCCCUUGGCCCUUAGUCUCACCCCAUAUGGGCUCUGGGCACCUCAACCCCUGGUCUCACCCUCUGCCAGGCUCUGGGCCCCUCAGUCCCUGCUGGGCUCUGAACCCCUCAGCCCCUGGUCUUGCCCUUUUGGGCUCUGUGGUUCCUUGGCCCCUGGGGUUGCCCUCACAGGCUCUAGGCCCCCUCAGCCCCUGGUUUCACCCUUGCAGGCAUAGGCAUAGGCAUAGGCAUCGACUUUGUGGGUGUUCUGGGGCUCAAGCAUCCACCAAAAACAAUUAGCAGGUGCUCAGCACUCAUAGAGCCACUUGCAGAUGUUAAAAAAAACAAACAUGCUUUACCAGAAGAAGCAGCAUGUGAUUUCAAUUCGGCUCUGAAGCAUCUGUAAAAAUUGGGAGCUUCAGUAGGGCUUUUGACACUUUUAACUAAAGCUGAUUCAAUCAGCUAUUAGAUAAAAGUGCCAAAAAGCCCCACUAAAGCAUCCAAUCUUUACAGAUGCUGCAGAGCCAGGUAGAAAUAAUGUGCUGCCUCUUCUGGGCAUGCACAGGACUCAGUGCCAGGUUGUUGUUUUUGUUUUGUUUGGGGUUUGGGGGGGGGAGGGUUAUGCUCACAAGCACCACCAGCAAAAGAAAAUCAGCACCUGUACUUGCAGCCUCUGGAUCCCCUAAGCUCCCAAUGUCUUGGCCAUCUUGGCUCUUGGCGUCAUCCUUGCAGGCUCUGGACCCUAUCAGCCCCUGGUGUCUGGACCCCCUUGUCCCCUGGUCUCACCCUUGAAAGCUGUGUGCAGGCUGGCCCCCAAUAUAGCUUUUGCAGACUCUGGGCCCCCUUGACCCUCAGUCUUGCCUCCAGGGCUCUGAGCCCCUUCGGCCCCUGGUCUCACCCUUAUGGGUUCUGGGCCCUCUCAGGCCUUGGUUUUGUCCUUGCAGACUCUGGGCCACCUCAGGCCCCUGGUGUCUGACCCCCCUUGGUCUUGGUGUCACCCUUGCAGGCACUUGGCCCCUUCAGCCCCCAGUGCCACCUUCAGGGGAUCUGGGCCCCCUUGACCCCUGGUGUCUGGGCCACCUUGGCUCCCAGUGUCACCGUCACAGGCUCUGGCCCCACUUGUUUCCUGGUCUUGCCUUUGCAGGCUCUGGGGCCCCUCAGCCCCUGGUUUCAGGCUUACAGGCUCUAGGGCUCUUUGGCUGCCAGUGUUACCUUCAAAGGCUCUGGGGCUCCUCAGCGCCCGGUGUCACCCUUGCAGGUUCUGGGCUGCCUUGGCCCCUGGUGUCUGGGCCUCCUUGGCCUCAGUGUCACCCUUGCGGGCAAUGGUCCAUCUUGGCCCCUGGUGUCUGGGCAACCUCAGGCCCCCAGUGUCAUCCUCACAGGCUCUAGGCCCCCUCAGCCCCUGGUGUCUGGGCCCCUAGACUUGCAGCCAGGUUUUACAGAAGAUAGUAUAAAAAAGAGGGGAUGAUAAAUACAAUGGUUCACAAGCAAGUAAUACUGAGUUAUAACUAUUAUUUAUCCAUUUUGAAGGUGAGUGUAAUUAAAUAAACUGUAAUAUCCUUGUGUAAAAUUCCAGAAGAGGAAGCUGUAUAGAUUAAAUCUGGUUAGAAAAAGACUGGUCCCAACUUCUCCCCUCUUCACAGAUAAUGUGGAGUUUCUUAACUAUAGCCAUAUUUACUCUUCAAAAAGUACUGGAAAGUUACAGACCUCUUCAAAAUAACAGAGCCUGGACCCACCCCCUCUUCUCCUUACCUUUAUCAUCUGUGAGUCCAGAGCUUGGUCACCGUUAAGGGCUAAACAAAUCCCAACUGUUUUCACUUCUCUUGUGGCAGUACGCACUCCAAGGAGAGCAUCCUUCCAUUAAAAAUACAAUCUCUAACUUCUUUUCCUAUGUAGUCACACUGGAAAACUCCUGUCCUCAGCCAUGCAGUAUCACAGAUGAAGUAAAUCUUUGUCUCUUGAGGAUGGUAGUCAUCAAGCAUCAUUAGAAGCCCUUGAUGGCACUCUCAUUCUUCUUCUUUCGUAUGGUUGACUUGGAGCAACACUUAUAAGUCUAGUUUAAAGUUAGUUAACCAGCCUAAUGCUCUCGAGGAAAGGGAAUGUAUCUCUGCUAUGUCACUGUCAAAUUUGCAUAGAGGGCAGAGUGUUGUUGUGUGGCCCAUGGUUUGAUCAGGAUUGCCAGAGUCACAUUUUGCAGAACUCCUAACACACCAUUAGGACUCUCAGUAAUAGUCCUUUCUGGCAGGACAGUGUCCUGAAGACACCAGCCUUGCCCAGGUCAGGCUAGCUGCUCAACACAGAACACUAAAUGGCAGUUAGCUCACAAAUGUGAAAGAGGUUACAAAAAUAGUUACAAACAAAGCAGUACACAAUUUGACACAGAUUUGGCUUUUUCUGUCUCUGACAUUUUGAAUUUUUUUUGUUUCCCCAAAUCAGGACAAAAAGUUGAGUUCACAAAAAAUUUGCCUGUGAAAAAUUCUAAAAAGAAAAAUCAAUUUCAGAACAUCUAAAUGUUUUAUUUUGCAGGUGCCUAAAUAUUAUUCUGAUGUUUAAACACCUCAAAGAAAUGGCAAUGGCCUUGUGUGUUUGCCAGGUGCCUAACUUUGUGGGCACUUUCAUGAUGUAAAUAAUAAACAGCAAGAUGAAAAUACACUGUGUACAAGUUCA